AAACUGAAUAGAAGCAGGAAAAAGUCGAUCGAAUACGUGCAUUACGUAUUCGUAGAACUAGCGUUAUUAUCGAUUAAACAAAUAACUUGGAAACGUUAAAAAAUAACUCUUGAUAUGGCUGAUAGUCUGGAAAACCUCGACAUGGACGCCUGUUUCUCAGCUUUCGAUAGGGACGCCGAUGGGUUCCUAUCGAUCGAAGAAUUUGAAUUAAUAUGCCGGGCUCUUUUUCGCAAUGAUCGAGGUAAAAUUUACGGAGUUGAAGACUAUCAAUUGCGGGAAAUAUUUAAUAUUUUUGAUACUAAAAAAGACGGCGUAAUUGAUCGUGAUGAAUUUGAGGUCUGCUGGAAUAGGUGGAUUAAAAUUUGCACGAGACCAAGGAGUGCCUUUUUGAUUGUUGAUGUACAAAACGAUUUUAUAACAGGGUCAUUGAAUAUAAAACAUUGCGCUGCACAACACGACGGUUCGGAAGUUAUCGGACCGAUAAAUCGUCUUCUUGAUACAGUGCCUUUUGAUUCUGUUUUUUAUUCAUUAGAUUGGCAUCCUGUUGAUCAUGUAUCAUUUAUUGAUAAUUUACAUUUAAGAGAUGUUGAUGAAUCAAGUCCAAUUCCUAAAGAAAGGGCAAAAGUAUAUGAUACAGUAACAUUUAAAGGUCCACUUGGCUUAAAACAACGAUUAUGGCCUCGCCACUGUGUCCAGGAUUCCUGGGGCGCAGAACUUCACAAAGAUUUAAAAAUAGUCGAUAAAGCUAUUAAAAUUUAUAAAGGAACAAAUCCGGAAGUUGAUUCAUACUCCGUUUUUUGGGAUAACAAAAAACUUACAACGACAACGUUAUCAAGUCAACUGCAAGAUAAGGGAGCUACUGACAUUUAUAUCUGUGGACUUGCUUAUGAUGUUUGCGUAGGAGCUACCGCCGUCGACGCGCUCACCAGCGGAUAUCGCACGAUCCUGAUCGACGACUGUAGCCGCGGGGUUGACCUCGUCGACAUUGAAAAGACCAAGGCGAUGGUGAUCGCCAGCAACGGUGUGAUCGUUAAUUCGAGCCAAGUGAAGGCCAUGGUAGAAGGCCGCGAUCGCAGGCCUGAGCUCGGAUACAAAUUAGCUCUUGAAAUAAAACAGUUUCUUAAGGAAACAAUUAAUGAUAAAGAAAAAUAAUUAAUUAGUUCUCAAGGUUUAGAUAAAGAAAUUUAGCAUUUAAUGCGGAGUAC